ACAUUACAUCAAUAUGCCUACUGAAGUACAAUUACAACAAGAAACUGGUGUUGACACCAAACAAUCAAUUGAGGAAAGACACGUCUUUAGAAGAAAGAAUAAGAAAGCAAAGAAAGAGAAUGAAGUUGCAAUCAAAGAUGAUAGAGAACCCGACAUUAAGUUUUAUCACCAUUUCAAGAUUAUUCAAAUCUUUGGGUGGAAUCUGAUUCUAGUGGCAAUUGGAGCUAUUGGAUGUAUGGCUUAUGGUUUAAUUCCUGUCAUUUGUCAAUGGAUUUUGGGUGAUUUGAUCGAUGCCUUUUUCCUUAACGCUGCAACUGCAACUGUUGAUCAAUUGAAAGAUGCUGUUGCUCAAACAGCUAUCAAGUUGACAAUUAUUACAUUUUGUGGUAUGGUUGCCUUUGCUAUGCAACAUUUCUUCUUGCAAUUGAGUAAUGCUCGUUUAGGUACAGCUCUCAGAGAAGCCUAUAUGAAAUCCCUUGCCAAACAAGAAAUGAGUUUCUUUGAUAUUAAGAAAUUGGGUGCUUUGACUGUUGUCUUGUCUGAAGAUAUUCCAAAAAUUCAAGAUGUUUACACCAACGAAUUGUUUCUCUACCUACAAGAAAUUAUUCAAUUUAUUGUUGGUUUCAUUUUGGCAAUGUGUGUCAAUUGGAGAAUGGCAUUGAUUCUAGUUAGUACAUCUCCAUUAACUUUUAUCAACUAUAUGCUCAUGUCCACCAUCUCUACAAUCAUUACAAGAAGAAUUAACAGAUUAACUGAAAACUCUGCUGCUGUUUCCAAUGAAAUUACAGGUUGUAUCAAGACAAUUCGUUCAAUGGCUGGAGAAUUAAAGGAAGUUGAGAGAUUUAAAUUGGAUUUAUUCAAGAUUAACAAAAAUGGUAUUUACAAGGGAAUGGCUCACUCUUUCGCUUAUGGUUGGGCUGCUAUGGUUACUUAUGGAACUAUUGCUUUGGCCUUUUGGUAUGGUGGUGAUGAGGUGGCUGAAGGAAAGUCGACUCUUGGACAAAUUUUCAAAGUUUUCGGUAUGCUCUAUUUGGGUGUUAUCAGUUUGACUAGAUCAGCAACUUUCUAUCCUCAUUAUGGUAAAGCUUUCGUUUCUGAAACUACCUUUUUGAAGGUUGUUUUGAGAAAGCCAGAUAUUCCAUUCAUGGGAGGUGUUCAACCAGAAAAUAUUGAAGGUAACAUUGUAAUUGACAAUGUUGAUUUUGCUUAUCCUUCCAGACCAAACACUCUUGUUAUGAAGGACUUUAGUUUGGAUAUCAAAAAGGGUCAAACAAUUGCUUUGGUUGGUCCAUCUGGUUCUGGUAAAUCAACAAUUGUUGGUUUGUUGGAAAGAUUCUACAGGCCAGUUAAGGGAAAGAUUUAUUUGGAUGGAGUUGAUUUGGAAACUAUUGAUCCAAUGUAUUUGCACAAAGUUAUUGGUAUUGUAGGACAAGAACCUGUUCUCUUUGCUGGAUCUAUUAGGUAUAAUAUUGCCUACUCACUUGGUUUAGAAAAUUGUACACAAGAACAAAUUGAAAAUUGUGCUAAACAAGCCAAUGCCCACAACUUUAUUAUGGAUUUACCUGAAAAGUAUGAAACUCAACUUGGUGAAAAGGGUGUUUCUUUAUCUGGUGGUCAAAAGCAAAGAAUUGCUAUUGCUAGAGCUUUAUUGCAAAAUCCAAAGAUUUUACUUUUGGAUGAAGCUACUUCUGCUCUCGAUACUGAAUCUGAAAGUUUGGUUCAAGCUGCUUUGGAUCAAUUGAUGAAGGGUAGAACUACUAUUUGUAUUGCUCACAGAUUGACAACUGUUAUUAAUUCAGAUGUUAUUUGUGUCUUGGUCAAGGGUGUCAUGAAAGAAAAGGGCAAACAUAGUGAACUCAUCAAGAUUCCAAACGGUAUCUAUAGAAACUUGGCUGAAAGGCAGAUGGUUAUCACUGAAGAACAAGUCAAUGACGUUGAAGAAGUCAUGGACGUCUUGGUUGAUGAUGAUCAUCACGACUCUGCUCACGAAGAUCAAAACCAACAAUAACCUUAAAACAAUUUUGAAACCAUUCCUUAUCAAUAACUUUUUGAAAAUUUGUAAAUAGAACUCACAAAAUAAACUUGUAAAAACUUAACAAUCUG